AAAAACGAGUAAAUAAAAAAGUAGACCAGAACAAAUAAAGGUUAAAUAAUUCGAAUGGUAAAACCAUUGGUUUUACUUAACAAAUAUAAAAUCUGGUGAGCAACUAAAUUGACAAGAUAAGACGGAAAAGAUCUAAAAUUAUUGGCAAAUAUGUUGAAGUCUGCUAUUUUGUUAACAUUGUUGAUACAAAACAUUGCAGCAUCUUCAAAGACGUACAAUCAAAAGCAUAAUAUAUAUAAGCUAACUUCUCCAUUACAUACACGAUUUAAUGUUACAGAUGCAAGAGAUGGGCAAAGGUUAAACUUAGCCAGACACAACACAUUUCAAGGAAACCCCCCUUCAGAGCCAGGUCAAGUAAGAAGCGUGAACCAAGAAAUUCUUUUAAAUCCCUGUUCAGGACCAUACUGCGAUCCCGGUUACGAGCCAUAUGCUAAUAUCGUUGCUGCGAUGGUUGGAUACAACUUAAUCAAAGGAAAUCCCUAUUCAACAACUGUAAAUCAAGAUCCUGGUUUUGAAACUGCGUACAUCUUUGCACCAAUUGGUGCUGACCAUAACAGAAGGUAUGCACUUCAUAGUGGAAUAACAGUAAGACAAGUACGGAAAUGCAAUUUGGUGACUAACUCUAGAACUGUGUCAAGUUUUAGUCAAUAUAGAAACAGAUUAGUCAAAUCCAAGGUUACUGGGAGCUCCUUUUCAAGUAACCCUCCGAUAGAACUAGAAGCUGAUGUUGGCAUUUUGAAUGCAUCAACAACAAUCAAAUCCAUUUACGAAUCUUCCUUUGAGGCAAGUGAAGAGUCCCAACAAAAUGCGGAAUUUUUUAAAGGCAUGGAGGGUCUACUAAGUGUUAAUGAUGCAAAAUGUGCGGAAUACAGCCUUCAAAUAUCCAAAUGGAAUCCACCCCCGUUUUCUGAUACGUUUAAACGAGGCUUACUUAAGCUGAACGAAGUGGUAGCUGCAGGUGACAAAGAUGCUAUUUCCACGUAUUUUUAUCAAUUCCUAAAUGAAUUUGGAACACAUUAUCUGACACAUGCUACCAUGGGUUCUCGACUUGCUAUUGAAAGACGCUACACAAGAGAUGAGUAUGCAAACAGCGGCAUCAGUGGAAUUGAUAAAUGUAAUAAGGACAGAAUGGGCGUUAAUUUUUUCUUUUCGUAUUCAAAAAGCAGCACAGACUGCACAAGCUUUCAGAGUACAAUGCUUGAUAAUGUUGAUAAUGAUAUUCAAAGGGAAAGUGUCACCUCCUUUGGCUCAAAACCUGCGUCUGACUUGUAUAAAUGGGCUUCUCAACCAUUUGUUGCGCCUUUACCUAUAAAAUUUAAAAUGGCACCGAUCAUAGAUAUAUUUAAAGAUUCCUUUCACAAAGGAGAUGACCACUUAAAAAAUUUAGACUAUAAAAAAAUUUUGGAGAAGGUUAGUGAGUUAUAUGAUAACUACUGUGUAUCGGUACGUGGUGAAGUUGCUUGUCAAAAAAGUCAAAAAAUCACAUGUGGAGUAAACGAUGAAUGCGAUUCUCUGUUACAAAAGUGCAUCCCGAAUAGCGGUAGCGCUAAUGAUAUUUGUCAAUACGCUUUUUCCGCUGACUCUGUUUCGGCUAGUUUGCUUCUCGAAGAGCUUGUUAAAAAGCGCAUCAAAGUAGGUGUCAAAACAACACAAGGAUUUGAACAGCUGAGACAAGACCUGGAACGUCACAAGCCUGAAGAAGAUAAGUUAUUCUUGCUUCAUUACAAGGUAACGAAUAGUAAAUGUAAGCUCAUUAAAGGUGACAAAAUCGUGUCUGCAAUUUCAAAAAACAGGCUGUAUAUGACCUAUCUUGGAUGGCAAAAAAAUGACCCUUUAACUAAAGUUCGACGCAUACAAUUCAGAAAUACACUCAAUACGGCAUUUCUUAACCUUAAUGGACCACCCCCUGAAGGUUAUACAUUUGACUUUCUCUUUAAACUGACUCAAGGGAGAGUAGAAAAUAAAAGGUUUGGUUUUGUGUUGUUUUGUCAGCAUGAUUUGGAUGACAGUACAGUCGCAGAAGAGCAUAAAAUCCAGGAAUCAACAUUUUUUAAAUUUGAAUAUCGAGCUAAUAGCCGAACACAAGGCAUUGUGUAUGCUGGAUUUCAAUAUAUACCUGAAAUUGAUUUAGCGUUUGCUUAUGGUAGAUAAAAAAUGCGAAAUUUCACCUCUGGUGUACGUUAUGUGCCUGAAAAAAAGGCCUAAAAAGAGAAGGACAAUUGUUACCACACUAGAGAUGGGGAUGUUUAAAUCUUUCUAUAAAUUAAUCGAUUGUAUUGGUUUUUUGUAGAAACGUAUAAACUUUAAUAAAUGUGUUUUUAUUUGAGUAAA